CAACAGACAAAGCACUCAACCACACAAGCAUGGCCAGGGUCGCAGCAUUCUCCAAUAGCUUCUGGGGCUUCGAUGACUCCGGCGUCACUGCGCUCGUCGGCCGCAUGUCAGACGCCAAGGCGACCAACGAAGAACUCCGGCACUUCUUUCGCGAGCGCGCCUUGAUCGAGGAAGAGUACGCAAAGCGGCUCCAGAAGCUCGCCAAAGUCUCUCUCGGCGAGCACGAGUCUGGCACAGUGAAGGCCUCGAUCGACGUGCUCAAGCACGAAGCCGCACACUCGGCGAACCAACACACAGCCGCUGCACAGCAACUGUCACAGGAAGUCGAGACAUUCUUCUCCACCAUGGCCGCAUCCAUCAGAGAACGGCGGAAGCAAACGCAAAGCAGCGUCGAGCGCGUAUUUCGGCUCAAGCUACAACAGCAAGCCGAAGUGAAGCGGACAAAGGAGCGGUAUGAGACGGAUUGCGUCAAGGUGAACGGCUACCUAGCGCAGCAAAAUCUCCUUCUCGGCAGAGAGCUCGAGAAGAAUAAUGCCAAGCUGGAGAAGGUCCAGUCAACCCUGCACAUCAGCCAAGCAGACUACAACAAUGCCACACGAGCGCUGCAGGAGACUGUGUCGAAAUGGAUCAACGAGUGGAGGGAUGCCUGUGACAAAUUCCAAGAUUUGGAGGAGGAACGGCUCGAUGCAGUCAAGAGCGGCUUGUGGACAUAUGCCAACAUUGUUUCUCAGGUUUGCGUAACGGACGAUGAAUCUUGCGAGAAGUUGCGAGUCUCGCUCGAAUCAUGCGAUACAAGGGCGGACAUUCAAGCCUUCAUCGAGAAGAAGAAGACUGGCAACGAGAUUGUGCAUCCGCCAGAAAUCAAGAGCUUCCAGGAUGGCUACGACCAGCCAGCCCAA